GUCAACCUUGAGUCUUGUGGAUUUUUCAGCUAAGGGGGCGAGGAAAAAAAAUGAGCGCCAAGCCUGAUGUGAUUCGAAAGUGUACGUGGCCAGUGUGCCUCGUGGGUCUGUUCGUCACCGGCAUCCUCUCUCUGGACUGUAGCUUGCUGGAUGUUCACCUGAGGAGAGUCACCUGGCAAAACCUGAACCUUCUGAGCAGGAUGAGCAAGUCAUUUCCUAUAGAGUGUCUAAGGGAAAGCAAGGCUUUUGAGUUGCCCCAAGAGAUCCUCUCACACACCCACCCUCUGACGAGGGACAUCAAGGAGGCCUUCUAUGAAAUGUCCAGACAGGCCUUCCACAUCUUCAUUCAAGACACCUUCAAAUCCACUUGGGAAGAGAAACACCUGAGACAAGUCCAAAUCGGACUUGAUCAACAGCUGCAAUACCUGGAACAAUGCUUGGAAGAAGAGGAGGAGGAAAACGAAGACAUGAGAGAGAUGGCAGAGGAUGAGUGGACACAGUCAGGAGCUCCGGUCCCCCAGCUGAGCAACCUAGAGCUGAGGAGAUAUUUCAACAGGAUAGACAGGUUCCUCAAAGAUAAGAAAUACAGUCACUGUGCCUGGGAGAUCGUCCGAGUGGAAAUCAGAAGAUGCUUCUACUUCUUUCAUAAAUUCACAGCACUACUCAGGAGGAAAUGAGAACCAUCUACCUUCAAGCAAGAAUUAACAGAGAUUGUGGCUACCCAAAUGCAUCAAAGAGGGUGAAAUGUACCCGGUUCAGCUCUUGGAAGGCUUCUCCUGCUAUUACUUUAACAGCACGCUGCUAAACUGUUUAGAUUCAAGAUUCAUCCAAGUACAGGGCUCCAACAAUGUAGUCAAACUGAGAAAGCCUUGUGAUAAAAUGGAGGCAAAUUCAGUCCAAAAGUUAGAAGAAAUGUUUAAAAGCACAGGAACUAGUUGUGGAUCAUGGUAUAUGGGUUAUCAGUGGAAGGAUCAGACAAUAAAAUGAGUUAGUAUAAUCCAUUUAGAAAAAACUCAUCAGUAGUAGUUCUAAAUUUUAAAAAAGCAUUACAAGCUAUAAAGGAGUCAGGGCAUGCAAGCUACUGAGCAGAAAGUAUACACUUAAUAUUUUCCAUGAAUUUCUCUAAUAAUGCCUUUGCAUGGUCUCCCUUGUAACUCUACUGGGACUGUGUCAGUGACUUCAGCAAGUGAUGGUUGCAGUCUUGCUAAAUGUUUGCAAUGCAAGAAGGAAGAGAACUGACGCUUCAAGUCAAUAAAGAUUGUCUGAUUGUACUGGCAGGGGCAGAAGUCAGAACAGGAUGCUUUUAUUAAGAGCACCACUAGUCAGAAAAAGGGGAACACUCUCACUGAAAAAUAGGUAAGGACACAAACUGGCACCAUCACAAAGAAAUACUAACAGGCAAUAUGAAAAAAAUGUUUAAUCUCAUUUAUGCUUAAAGAAAUUCAAAAGAAGACAAUAAGAUACUCCCCUCCCACCAGUCUGGCAGAGAUAAAAAAGAGUGAUAAUAUAGACUAUCAGUGGGGUAUAGGGAAAAAAAAAACUCCUGUGUAUUGAUGGGGAGAGGCUAAACUGGCACAAGUUUCCUACGGGACAAUAUGGCAUCUUAAAUAUCCUUAAAAAGUACAUGAACUCCUUAGACCUGGCUAUCCUAUCUCCAGAAAUUUAUUCCAAGGAAAUACCUGGAUAAGACUGUUUAAUGGAGCCUUGUUUAUAAUAUCCCUCCUUCCUCUGUUUUAAUUUUCACCUCUCUGUAUUUUCUGUUUUUUUCUACAAU